AUGAAUUGGGCAGAUCAGUACGACGGACGCUCCUUCAUCUACGAAGAAGACAGUCACCCCAUACCCCAAGCCAACCGCCCCGCCAUCCCGAAAUCCAAACCCAAUCCUCAUCGUCCUCCUCCUCCUCCACCCCCGCCAACGAGAUCAACAGACCCCCACGAAAACAUCCACGCCUGGCUCUCGGGCGUCACGAUCGACGAGGAACAUAAACCGCUCGCAUCAGACAUUUUCCACGCGCUUGGACAAAUACAGAGUCAAACUACGGGCCACUACAACUACCAGGACCAACACCACGCGGGGGAGAAGCAGGCUGGUCCGACGGUGAACGUCCACACCAUGGGCCCGGGCUUCAUCGGCCGCGCGCCGGCGUUUGGGACGUCAGAGUUCUUUGCGAAUAUGGUUGUUGUGGGAAUUUUGUUGUUGUUUGCGCCGGGGUUUACGAUUCUUGCGGCGGGGGUGUUUUUUACGUCUAGGGUUGCGGAACGGUGGGCUGGGCAGGAGUGA